AUGAAUGCACCACAUCCAGAGAAAAUGAUUGAGAAAUUUGUAUAAUAAAUAUAUUAAAAUUAAUUAGAAUUAAUAGAUGGAUGUAUUGUUGAAACAUGAAGAGUUAUAGAAAAAGUAGAGAAAAAUAAAUGAAUAAAAAUUGAAUCUCAUUUUCGAUCGCAAUCUUUAAAUAGAAACAAAAGAUCGAAAAUUGUAAGAAUAAGUACACUUACUACUGUUAAUCAGAUCCUUUCGUCACGAUAUUAGAAUGAGUAACUUAAGAUCUAGAAUGAGAAAUUAAAACAAUAAUAAGAACUAGAAAAGUAGAAAAAGGAUAAGAAAAUAGCAUAAUAUGAAUUAUGGUAAAAUGAAUAGAAACAACAUGAAAAGGAGAUCUAAUAAAGAAUAUUUGAGAUUUAAAACAAACUUAAAUAUGAGGAAUUUAAAAAGAAAACUGAUGAUUUGAUAAAUUAAUUAGAUUAUAAUUUAAGGAAAGUCAAUAUAUGUUAUCUUGAAAAAUAAGAAUAGAAAGAGAGAUAUGUAAAUGAUUACAUGAAUUAAAAACAAAAGACUUUAAAUUCAUCUAUUUAAAUGAAUGAAUCUCAUAAUUAUAAUGUCUAUUCUAACUAUUAAAUGUAAAUGAAGAGAAUCUAAGAAGUAAUAUUAGAUAUUUAUUUAGAUUUUUUAAUAAAAAUUGAAUAAUUAUUAAAAUAAGAUUAAUAAGAUUUAUAAAUAAAAAUAUGAAAAAAUGGAUUAAAUUUCUUAAAAAGUUUAAUAAUCACAAGAACAUUUAGAAUUAAUUAAAGAAAGAUCUAAUUAGAUAUUUUAAAAUAAAAUUAAAAAAUUAAAAGAAAAGAUGGAUUAUUUUUAGGAUAAAAUAAAUUUAAUUGAAAAGAAGAGAUUAUCAGAUUUAUAACAUAAUUCUAAUAAGGAAUUUGAGCAUAUUUAAUAAAUAAAUUAAAUUAGAGCAAAAUCUGAGAAUAUUAUUAGAAAUAAAUCUCUGAAUCUUUUGAAUAAGUAAAUGUUGAAAGAAUAAACAUUUAAAUUGGUUCAACAUCAAAAUCAAUUAUAACUUGAAUAAAAACUCUUAAGAUUAAAUUAAAAAUAACUUACAUAAUAAACAUAAAUAAUGAAAGCUGAUUAAUUUAAAUAAUCAUAUAUUUAAUAAUUAGAAUAAAAAAUUACUUAAAGAGAUAUGAGAUUAUAAGAUUAAAUGUAAUAUUAUAUAAAAAUUAUUUAGAUAAAAUAAAUUAGAAAUCUAAAAGAGAAGAUUAAAAGUUAUUGAAGAUAUGGAGAAAUAAAAAAGAGAUAUGUUAUUAAAAUUAGAAUCUGAAAAAAUAACAAAUACAUCUGAUUUGAAGUAUUUUCAUAGCACACCUAGAAUAUAAUCUAAUUUAUUUAUAACCUGA